AUUGAAAACUUCAACAUAAUUUAUAUUAUUAAUUGUUUUGUCCGAUUGUAAAUUGCAUUCAUAUCUGUCUAACUUUUAAUAUUAAAAAUUGUAUUUAUUAUUAAUUUGUAAACUUAAAAUAAAAUUUUAACCGAUGCUUUAAAGACUACGUUUCCUACUCUAUGAUUAGAUAAAGAAAAAUAACAUUUACUAUCAAUGUUUAUUCAUAGUACGAUAUUGAAUAUUUUAAUAAACCUUCAAAUUUCAAGUACUUAAUUGUUAUUUUUGAAAUUUAAUUUGAUUUCUUAAUAUUAAAAUUUUUAAGUUAAUUUAAAAUUAAUUUAUAAGAAUGGUUUGUGAUAAAUGCGAGAAGAAAUUAGGUACAGCAGCUACUCCAGAUCCGUGGAAAGCAGGAUCUCGAAAUGCUAUAUACAAUAACAAGAUCCAUGACCAGGAUAAUAAACGUCUACAAGAAAUCUCAAAGAUAAAAACUUUGUCAGGGGCUACUUCAAAAUCGUCAUCUAAAAAUAUGACACCCUAUGGAUUGAGCGGUUGUCGAAUUUGCAAGCAAAAAAUUCAUUUACCUGGUAGGCAUUACUGUCAAUCUUGUGCAUACAAAAAAGGUAUUUGUGCAAUGUGUGGAAAAAAAAUUCUUGAGACAAAAGGAUAUAGACAAUCGGCCACUUAGUAUAACAAAACAGUUUAACUUAUUAGAGCUGUAAAUAUUAACAGGUUGAAAAUAAAUUUAACAACUUUAUACUGAAUUAAUUGUAAUUUGUAAAUACACAUACAAGUAUA